AUGUCUCAGUCACAAGAUUGGAUGGAAAUCAGGAGGGAGAAGAACAAGAACACUGAAAGAACCUGUAAAAGAUCGAUUUGGACGGCUAGAGUAGAUAAAGAUAACAUGGAGGAGGGAAGUAAAAGCGACUUAUUUUUCUUCACUGAGUUCUCAGAUGAUCAUGAGGAAAAAGAUAUGUUUCAUAUUUUCAAAGAAUUUGGCUUAGUACUAGAAGUGAUAAUAUCGACAAGAAGAGAUAUGAGGGGAAAACAAUUUGGUUUCGUUUGA